AUGUCUUUCACUCGAGACCUACGCCCUGGUCUUCCUUCGCCGCAAGAAACAAGCUCUCCAACUUAUCUCAGCUUACAAAGGCUUCACAAUCCUCACCCAAUUCGAGCAAGCCACAAACACUACCACACCUUCCACCUCCAAAUCCCAAACCCUAACAACCUUCUACCACCGCACCCUCCGCCUCCUCCCCACCUAACCCAUCGUCCAAGCCCUCUCCCUCCACUACGACUACAUCUACGGCCUCGUCCACCUCAUCCUCUCGACCUCCCCCCCACCCUAUGGAAAACCCAAUACCACCUGCCCGCCAGCACCGACUCCCUGCACUACCUCGCCCCGUGCAUCGGCUACCUCCUAGGCGCGCACAAACCUGCGCCCUAG